AUGCAUAUCAAGGAUAUGCUCAGCGACGCCGAGAGGAGCGGCCAGCCCUCCUUCUCUUUCGAGUACUUCCCUCCAAAGACCGCCCAGGGUGUUCAAAACCUCUACGAUCGUAUGGACCGCAUGUACAAUCUUGGUCCCAAGUUCAUCGAUAUUACAUGGGGUGCUGGUGGACGCAUUGCUGAGCUCACUUGCGAGAUGGUUCUCCAGGCUCAAGCAGUUUACGGCCUCGAGACUUGCAUGCACUUAACUUGCACUGAUAUGGGUGUCGAGAAGGUCAACGAUGCUCUGCUCAAGGCGUACAAGGCCGGCUGCACCAACAUUCUGGCCCUUCGUGGCGAUCCUCCCCGAGCCCAAGACAAGUGGAUCGCUGCCGACGGAGGCUUCCAGUACGCCCGCGAUCUUGUCAAGCACAUCCGUAAUACUUACGGCAACCAUUUCGAUAUUGGCGUUGCUGGUUAUCCCGAGGGUUCUGACGACAAUAAGAACGAGGACGAGCUACUCGAUCAUCUCAAGGAGAAGGUCGACAUGGGCGCCACCUUCAUUGUCACCCAGAUGUUCUAUGAUGCUGACAACUUUAUUCGAUGGGUGAAGCGUGUUCGUGAGCGCGGUAUCACCAUCCCUAUUCUCCCUGGUAUCAUGCCAAUUGCUACUUAUGCAAGCUUCCUUCGACGAGCCAACCACAUGCAGGCCAAAAUCCCACAGGAGUGGCUCGACGCCCUGGAGCCUGUCAAGAACGAUGAUGUUGCGGUCCGAAACAUUGGAAAGACACUGGUCGCCGAUAUGUGUCGGAAGCUGCUCGCCAACGGUAUUCAUCACCUUCACUUUUACACCAUGAACCUCGCCCAGGCAACACGGAUGUUACUGGAGGAGUUAGAAUGGGCUCCUUCUGCCGAGCGACCUCUUCAGCAUGCUCUUCCUUGGAAGCAGUCCAAGGGUCUCAGACGCCGCGAGGAGGAUGUCCGUCCCAUUUUCUGGCGAAACCGCAAUAAGUCCUACGUCAUUCGUACACAGGAUUGGGAUGAGUUCCCUAACGGUCGUUGGGGUGAUUCUCGUUCUCCCGCUUUCGGAGAGUUGGAUGCCUAUGGUAUUGGCUUGACUGGCUCUAAUGAAGCGAAUCGAAAGAAAUGGGGCGAACCCAAGACCAUCCAGGACAUUGCUCAACUUUUCGUCUCCUACCUUGAGAACAAGGUCGAAUCCCUUCCAUGGAGUGAGGCGCCCCUCACCGCCGAAGCCGAUGAGAUUCGAGAUGGCCUUAUUGAACUGAACAAGCGAGGACUCUUGACCAUCAACUCGCAACCUGCCGUUAAUGGUGUCAAGUCCUCUCAUCCUAUUCACGGCUGGGGUCCCGAUAACGGUUAUGUCUACCAGAAGUCGUACCUGGAGUUGCUCGUCCACCCCAGUGUGUUCGAUAAGAUGAUCUCGCGCAUCGAGAACCACCCUGAUCUGACUUACUACGCUGUUACCAAGGAAGGCGAGCUUCGAUCCAACGUCACUUCUGAUGGUCCCAACGCCGUUACCUGGGGUGUGUUCCCUGGCAAGGAGAUUGUUCAGCCAACCAUUGUCGAAAGCAUCAGUUUCCUCGCGUGGAAGGAUGAAGCAUUCCGACUGGGUGUUGAUUGGGCGCACUGUUACGACAUGAGCUCCCCCAGCCGUGCCCUUCUUGAGGGAGUCAUGAAUGACUGGUACCUGGUGAACAUUGUAAACAACGACUUCCACGACAACAAAACCAUCUUUGAGCUCCUUAAGGGGCUUGAGGUUAAUGACUUGACGACUCCUGCCACCCCUCUCUCUGAGCCUAUCGCUAACGGCGCCGUCGAUACCGAGCCCAUUGCCAACGGUACCACGGCCACUGCAGUUGCGAACUAA